GCCACAACUUAGCAAGGGUAUAAAAAAUUAAAAAUCAUAUCCUUUUUCUUUUUCAAAGCCGAAGCUGAUUUCAACCCCGGCCUAUCCCCUCUUUCACUCUUUUUUCAUCACCGCCGCCAAACCACCGUCAACCCGUUAUACGUCGGAAUAAGUUCAGAUGAAAAGAAUGAUAGCAUUGGGGUUUGAAGGAUCAGCCAACAAGAUUGGUGUUGGCGUAGUGACACUAGACGGGACGAUUUUAUCGAACCCACGACACACUUACAUUACCCCAGCGGGUCAAGGAUUUCUCCCUCGCGAAACUGCGCAUCAUCAUUUGGAACAUGUUCUCCCGUUAGUCAAAGAAGCGCUUGAAACUGCUCAAAUUACGUUAAAGGAUGUUAACUGCCUUUGUUACACGAAAGGUCCAGGAAUGGGUGCUCCGUUGCAAGUUGCUGCUAUCGUUGUACGGGUCCUUUCGCAGCUGUGGAAGAUUCCCAUUGUGGGUGUGAAUCAUUGUGUUGCUCAUAUUGAAAUGGGGAGGCUUGUCACUGGUGCUGAUGAUCCAGUCGUUCUUUAUGUUAGUGGCGGAAACACACAGGUGAUUGCAUACAGUGAGGGCAGGUACCGAAUAUUUGGGGAGACAAUUGAUAUAGCUAUAGGUAAUUGUUUGGACCGGUUUGCUAGAGUUUUAAUGUUGUCGAACGAUCCUAGCCCGGGGUACAAUAUUGAGCAGCUUGCGAAGAAGGGAGAGAAGUUUAUAGACCUCCCUUAUGUUGUAAAAGGGAUGGAUGUGUCUUUUAGUGGAAUAUUGAGCUACAUUGAAGCUGAGGCUGAUCAAAAGUUAAAAAGCAAUGAAUGUACCCCUGCAGAUUUAUGCUACUCUUUGCAGGAAACACUUUUUGCUAUGCUUGUUGAGAUCACAGAACGAGCAAUGGCUCAUUGUGACAAGAAAGAUGUUCUGAUUGUUGGCGGUGUUGGGUGCAAUGAACGGUUACAAGAGAUGAUGAAAGUUAUGUGUGGUGAAAGGGGCGGCAAGCUGUUUGCAACUGAUGAUAGGUAUUGCAUCGACAAUGGGGCAAUGAUUGCUUAUACGGGCCUUCUUGAAUAUGCCCAUGGAGCUACAACUCCAUUUGAAGAAUCAACCUUUACUCAGAGGUUCAGAACUGAUGAAGUGUGGGCUGUCUGGAGAGAUAAGACGGAAUCAUCCAAGACCAUGACACAAUAAAGCAAGUGACCCAUUGAGUUGUCUUUGUUUCUUCUUCUUUUUCUUAUGUGCUUACAUGUGAAUGUAGGAUCAUUAUAUGAACACACUAUUGCCAUUGAAUAGAUGUUGUAACAUUAGACUA